CUCUCAUCUCUCCCCUUCGUGUAUACAUACGUCGUUGUUCGAAUUGAUUGGGCUUUCCUAUCUAUGCUGCUCCUGUUCACUCUGCCCCGUUCUGCCCGCUGCUUGGUGUGCUCGUCGCUGUUCACCUGGUGAAACAGCAAGCAAGGGAGAGCUACAAAUGCCCGCAACUGCGAAUUCGUCGCCGGAACCCAGAUUACCUUUAGCUGCAGCUGCAGCGUCACCGCCUACGUCGUUGGAUGCCAGCAGCCAAGCGCAGCCCCAACACCGUGGCCGCCUCGACGAGCACCUUCAUCUCGAUACACUUCCACUCAACACCCUCAAGCCUCUACCGACUCCUUCUCCGGUCGCUUCGCCCCUUUCCGAUCGCCCUGGUUCGCGAGAUUCAACCUCUGAGCGCAGUCGUACCCUGCGAAGGCCAUCGCCGGGCUUGUUGGCGCGCAUGAAAUUGCUCGACAGCGCGAACAAAGCCCGUGUAGUGUCAAGUCCUGUAAACGGCCAGGACAAAAUCGGCCGCAUCCCGGCAAGCCAGAUUCGUGAACUUGACAGUUUCCAUCGCGAGCGAGCUAUCCUCGUGGAGCGAAGAGGAAGAGAGUGGACCGGUCCCGGCACGCCUCCUGCGCUGUUGCCUGAGGAGUCUGAAACAAGCGUCCGAUCCAGGGACAGCACGAGUGCGCUGGAUACUAUGGAACCUGCGGAGCCUGCGUCCAUCGACAGCGAACAGUCUUCUAUCAUCAGCACUAGCGACCAUGCUGUGCCGUCUGACUCAGAGAGCGAACGCGUUGUAGACAAUCAGAAAUACCGACUGCCUGAAUUGGAGAAGGUACAGAGUCCUGGGACAUCAGACGGUUACUUUGGUACGGCGACAAUAUAUGGCUCGGGUACACGCUCGCGACCAGGUACAGCUGGAGCUCAAGAUGGAUAUGGCACUGCUACAAUAAUCUCAAAUGAGCCUUCUCGUGGCCCAACCCCUCCGCCGAAGGACUCACCUCUUGUGCCGGAGUCACCUGCAAUUCCAUGGCGCGCACUUGCGGAUGGAGGCAGCGAUCUUCAAAAUUAUUGCAACAGACCGACGCGUGCCAACUCCAUAUAUUCUUUGUCACGCGUUUCCUUCACCAACCAGAUUCUACAGCUCACCUCCAUCAACCUCCCGAAUUCGGACUCGCUCGCAGCCAGCAUAAGAGGACUUUCCACUUCGACUGCAGCGGGACGUGCUCUAGGAGAAGCUGCUAAUCAGAUACAGCAAUGGAUCAAGAAAGGUGCUGAAGUUUUGAACGGACUCGACGCUGAGGACGAUGUCGAAUGGGCCGCUGCAGCUGGUCGAGAGGGCCUCGAAGAGGUCGAUGCAGCGAUCACUCGAUUCGAAGGCCUAGUAGAAGUCUAUAUUGGCGCUAUUGAAGAGCUACAAGCACGUGAAGAUAUAAUGGCUAUUCCCGCGAAUGAUCUGAAGUUCCUCGUCGGUCAGAUGGAGGACAUUAUAUCGAAAUGGACGAAGAUCAAGAAAACACUCAAAGGGAUCAAGGAGCAAGUGGAGAUUGCAUUGGAGUGGGAAGAACUUUGGAAUGUUGUACUUGGGGAGAUUGGUAUGGAAAUUGAUGCUCUUAACAGACUUGUAUUCGAGAUGGAAGAAAGGAGAUAUCGUCUCGCUGGAGCGCAAGGCGAUGCAAGUGAAUUGCUGGAGCUCCAAGAAUUGGAAACCAUUGUGGAAGAAGCUCCUCGGAACAACAAGAAAGCCGUUGCCAGUAAUCGCUUCAGCUUUACCCCCGCCUUUGGUUCAAACUCGCCACUACUAUCACCAACGCUGGAGACCAAACAUGAGGACUCAAAUUUACUUGCUCUGUUUGCCCGCAUGCAGCCACUCCGAGCUUCGUUAGACUUUUUGCCGAUGAGACUCCAGCACUUCAGUCUACGCGCCAGUCCAAAUUUUCCCACAGCUUGCGGUGAGCUGGACGACAGGAAAACCACCCUCGAAGGGCAAUGGAAGAAACUCGAGGCUGAUGCUGAAGCAUUACGGAGAGAGCUUGGUGAGGAUCGAUGGAUACACUUGUUCCGUAAUGCUGGAAACAAGGCCCUUACUAUGUGGCAAUCUCUGUCAAGAAGUAUACGCAAACUGCGAAAAGCAUUUGAGGACAAUGCAGAUCCAGAGUACAUCGCCUUGAAACUACGCUCAUAUGAGGAAAAGAAGCCACACUACCCGCCAGCCAUCGAGAGAGUCUUGACCGUCAUUGAAAGAGGUAUCAAAGACAGGCUCACAAUAAACGGCGAGAUCUUAAGACUUCAGACCGAUGUGCGACAGAAAUUGACGGAGCUCUCCGAAGAGGUCAAAGACAUGGAUGCAUUUUUAGAAGAUUCUCAACUUCACAAGAGCCAGCAAUUACGCGACUCCAUUUCUACCAUUCUUUCAACUGAACAGUCAUUCGCUAGCAGUGCUCUGGAUACUCCUGGAACUUCGUCUGCCUCGUCUGUCAUCCUGAGCCGGAAAAACAGCGACCAUUCUCCAUAUGGUCGUAAAUCGCGACAAACAAGUUUUGCAAGUAGCAGUUCACGAGCCGACUCCAACCCAGCAGCAGUCAAACGACGAAGCGGAUUGCCAACACCAAGUCCCAGCCAAGUGCCACGCAAAACGCCCGUAUCAAGAUCAAGUGCUGUGGAAUCGCGCUCGGUCUCCUCGCCAACACCUGGUACUCGUAUGAGCUCAUCAACACCUACACAAGGCCGGCGAACCUCCAUACAGCCAUCGUCACAAUCACCUUCAAACAAACCUCGCUGGAGCUCGUCGUCUAAUCUAAACGGCACAAAGAUAGGCCACAACUUCAAGCCAUUGGCUGUUGACACACCUGCCCGCAGUAGUACACCUACCAUUCGUACCCCAAAUAGCUUGCGAUCAGUUGCGUCUCAUUCAUCUCUGCCAAUGCGAAGCCCGUUAUCGCGCUCAUUAGCAUCUCCACCUCCAUCAGCAGGCGCAAGGUCAGCUUCCACAACUCCGGGCCAACAACCGUCUAGCUCUCGCCGAACGAGCGCAAUCGCUGCGAGUCCCAUGACUCCCAUGCGCCGGCCCGGCUCUGCGCUUCGAGGCACACUAUCAGCUUCGUCUUCCAAGAACUCGACAAACCUCAGUGGUCGUAAGAGCAGCCUGCUUACACCCGAUGACAGCGUCCGCGAGGAAUAUGACGAGGAGGAUGAAGUCAGUCCGACAUUACGCACGGCGAAAACCAAUGGUCGAAUGAGCUCCCUGAACAAACGCCAGAGUCUCCUCCCGCAAUCUGUGACUCAGCGGUCGGUGAGUGGACCGGUUAGCGGACGGACGUCGAAGCUGGAAGACAGACCUAGGUGGAGGGGUGCAUGACAAUGAAGUGGCGGGUACAGUGUCGUGCCAUGACGAUGGGCAUUUGGACCAAAACAACCUUAUUUCAACGCCAAACCUGCCUCAUUCUUAGCGCUAUAGACAGCGCAUCUCCUUAUAUUUUCACAUCUUGCCAACCUAGGCCGUUCACGUUAUGUUUUGAGCGUUCACAUGUCUGCUGCAUUAUAUCCCUACAAGAAAGAUACCUGGUACCACACCGGCGCUAUGAAUGGCGCACUUACUCUAUUAGAAACAUAUUGAGAGGCAAGAUCUGUAUGGCGAUGCAGAGAGAAUUACGAGCAAAGAUGUUGGCUUGGAAUAUGCUAUGAAAAGCACAUGAGAUUUGCGCUGUGUAUAUUAUAUUACUGUUGAGACUGUCGGGCGUUGGAUACGCCGAUUUCGAAAUCUUGACUAUAAGGGUAUCAAUAGUGAUAUCAUUUUAGAUAUCUUCAUACCAAUCGACUUCUUCGGGC